UGUUUUUUGCUCCCUGUGGAGUGCCCUGUGCCUGCAAGUCUUCCCCAGAGCCUCAGAUCAUGGGGAAGCUGGUGACAUUGACCCUUUUGGGGAUCGGCUUGGCCCUGGUUGGUGAGCGGCUGGUGUCUUUUAGCAAAAGAGCUCAUGCAUUUAGAGAAGUGGUAUCAAUAGAACCUCAGACCUGCCACCUCAUUGAAGGCCUUGAAUAUGGCUCUGAAGAUAUUGAAAUACUUCCUAAUGGGCUGGCUUUUAUAUCCUCUGGUUUAAAAUAUCCAGGAUUGCCAAGCUUUGCACCAGAGGAACCGGGACAUAUCUUCUUGAUCAAUCUGAAUGAAAAAAACCCAAAAGCACAGGCAUUACAAAUCAGUGAUGGUUUUGACAAAGCAUCAUUUAAUCCACAUGGGAUCAGUACUUUCAUCGACAAAGACCAUACUGUGUAUCUUUAUGUUGUGAAUCAUCCUCACAUGACAUCCACUGUGGAAAUAUUUAAAUUUGAGGAACAACAACAUUCUAUCACACAUCUAAAGACCAUAAAACACGAACUUCUCCAAAGUGUAAAUGACAUUGUGGUUCUCAAACCAGAACACUUUUAUGCAACCAGAGACCACUAUUUUACCAACUUCUUGUCAACAAUUGAGAUGAUCUUGGAUUUACGGUGGACUUAUGUGCUUUACUAUAGUCCAAGAGAGGUCAAAGUGGUGGCAAAAGGAUUUGGUUCUGCCAAUGGUAUCACAGUCUCAUUAGACAAAAAGUAUAUAUAUGUGGCUGAUGUAUUGGUUCAUAAUCUUCACGUAUUAAAAAGAAAUGAAAAUGGGGAUUUAACUCAACUAAAGGUAAUACACUUGGGUACUUUGGUGGAUAAUUUAACUGUUGAUCCAGACACAGGAGACAUUUUGGCAGGAUGCCACCCUAAUGGCUUGAAGCUGCUGCACUAUAAUCCUGAGGAUCCUCCAGGGUCAGAGGUACUUCGCAUCCAAAAUGUUUUGUCUGAGCAUCCCCGUAUCAGUACUGUGUAUUCUAACAAUGGUUCUGUGCUUCAGGGCAGCACGGUGGCUUCUGUGUACCAUAAGAAACUUCUCAUAGGCACUGUAUUUCACAAAACUCUGUACUGUGAGCUGUAGAUAUUAUCCAGAUAUUCUUUAAAAAAAAUCUACAUUUUGAUGCAAGUAAAUCCUUAAUUUUAUAUGUGUAA